AUGUAUACUAGCUCUAGUAGAGCUAUUAUUGGUGAUGAAUGUCUGGUAGAUAGCGGUAGUACUAACACUAUUCUCAAAGAUAUGAAGUUUUUCUCUGAGUUAUCUCCGGCAGAGACACCGAUUAGUACUAUAUCUGGUGUCAGUAACCUUAUCAAAGGCUCCGGCAGAGCACACAUAACAUUAUCUUCGGAAAUUAUGCCUCCCGUUCCUAAAUACAAACACCUAUUGGGUCAUCAAAAAUGUAAGAGGAAGAAGCUAGAGGAAGAGAAAAGAAAGGCAGACGAAGUAAAACAAAACCGAAUACACAAGUUGUUUUCAAAAGAAACUCAAAGUUCUAGUUCUAACUUGGGUGAUGAUAAUGUGGGUGAAGACAAUGUGAAAGAAGAUGAAGAAGCUAAUGUGGGUGAAGACAAUAUGAACGUAGAUGUAGACAACGUGAACGCAGGUGCAGAUAAUGUUAAUGCUACCGUAGAUGAAGAGUUGGUUAAUCCCGUUCCGGAUAUUGAUAUUUUUGAUCCUAGAAAUUGGGGUGGGCUUAGUAAUGACAUGAUUAAAGAGUUGGUUAUUAAAGGUCCAAAAAGAGAUAGGGAUGUUGUUAAGGGCCCCGUGGAUAAAUUUGGAAGACAUUUUUCUAAUACCAUGUACACAAGAAUUCUAUCAAAUAGGGAGACGUGCGAUAGAGAAUGGCUAGUGUAUUCGAAAAAACUUGACAAACUCUAUUGUUUUUGUUGUAAACUUUUUAGAACGGGGCAUCCGAAAGGUGGGUUGGAUGAUGAAGGUUAUAACGAUUGGAUACAUGCCAGUGGUAGACUUAAACAACAUGAAGUUGGUUUAGAACAUUUCAAGAAUAUGAAUGAAUGGUUUGAAUUGCGCCAAAGGUUGAAAUGCAAUGAAACAAUUGACAAAUCGACAUAUGAGCAAUUUAGAAAAGAAAAAGAUUAUUGGAAACAAGUCAUCUUACGGAUUGUUGCACUUGUGAAGUUUCUUGCAAAAUAUGGCUUAGCGUUUCGUGGGUCAACUGAGAAGUUGUAUAAAAAAGGCAAUGGAAACUUUUUGGGUUUGGUUGAGAUGUUGGAAGAGUUUGACCCGAUUAUGAAAGAACAUGUGCGCCGAGUUUUGAAUGAAAAGUGCCAUGUACACUUUCUUGGCCACAAUAUUCAAAACGAGUUGAUACAAUUAUUAGGGGAUAAAGUUAGAACCGAAAUCAUCAAGAAGGUUAAGCAAGCAAAGUAUUACUCCAUCAUCCUCGAUUGCACGCCUGAUACAAGUCACCAAGAGCAAAUGUCCAUAAUUGUAAGGUUUAGGACUUUUGAAGUAACAUGUAAGGAAUUAGAGUCGCUAGAUCUUGAUAUAGGUGAUAUGCGUGGUCAAGGCUACGAUAAUGGGGCAAACAUGAGAGGAAAAAACAAAGGAGUUCAAACUAGAUUUUUAGAAAAAAAUCCUAGAGCUUUCUAUAGUGCUUGUGGUUGUCAUAGUCUAAAUCUAGCAUUGUGUGACAUGGCUAACACAAUUACUAAGUCUAAGGAAUUUUUUGGAACAAUACAACGGUUAUAUACUAUCUUUGCCCAUUCUAUUAAUAGGUGGCAAAUUUUGAAAGACAAUGUUAAAGGAUUAACUCUUAAAUCAUUGUCUACAACUCGUUGGGAAAGUCGUAUAGAUAGUAUUAAGCCUAUAAGAACUCAACUUGGAGAUGUAAGAAAAGCUUUGCGAGAAGUUAGGGAGACGGAUAGAGAUGCUAAAAUCAUAAGUGAAGCUAAAUCAUUAGAAGAGUAUGAACUUGGUGAUUUUGAAUUUUUGGCACAAAUUGUCAUUUGGUUUGAAUUAUUAUCAAAGGUGAAUGUGGUGAGCAAACGGUUGCAAGCAAAAGAUGUUGUCCUUGAUGUUGCUAUUGAUGAAGUGGACAAAUUAAUUAAAUUUUUUAAGAAUUAUAGAGAAGUGGGGUUCUCUAAGGCACUUGAUGAAGCUAGAGAAAUUGCAAAUGAAAUAGGUGUAAGUGCGGAAUUUCGUCAAAAACGUGUGAUAUAUAGGAAAAAACAAUUUGAUGAAUCGUCAAGUGUAGAAGAAGUAACAUUUUCACCCGAGGAGGAUUUUAGAGUAAAUUAUUUUUUAAGUAUUGUUGAUCAAGCUAUUUUUUCACUUGAAACAAGAUUUGAACAAUACCAAAAAUUCGAAAAAAUAUUUGGGUUUUUGUUUCCUAAAAAGUUGAAGACUCUUGAUGAAGCCAAGAUUAAGGAGUGUUGUUAUCGCCUUGAAGAUGCAUUGAAGUAUGAAGGAGAAUCAGAUAUUGAUGCUAAAGAAUUGUGUACGGAGUUGAAUACUACUUAUCCUUAUGCUAUAAAUGCAUAUAAAGUGUUGUUGACAAUUCCGGUAACCGUGGCAUCGGCAGAAAGAAGUUUCUCAAAGUUGAAGUUGUUGAAGACCUAUUUACGUUCUACAAUGUCACAAGAAAGGCUAAACGGGUUGGCGACAAUAUCUAUUGAAAGUGAAAUAUUAGAUACUAUGGAUUACAAGGAGUUGAUCGAGAGCUUUGCUUCAAAAAACGCUAGGAGAACCACACUGUUUGCUUAG